AAAGGUCUGGUACUGCUGGAUUCCUGGGAAAAUGCUUCACUUACUCAGCAUAUUACGAGUGUGCUCAUUUGAUGCUUCCCAUGGCAAGGCCAGCACCUAGAUAAGCACCUGAAUCUUCUCUUAUGCAAGUAGGUUUUACUCUCCCAGACUGGCACGGAGUUCAGCUGUCGAAUGAUGGAGAUUGAGAAUGGAAAUGAGGACAAACCCCGGCUUUUCACUUUAAGAAGGUUUCAUCUUUCUGAAGAUUAUGGCUUCCUUCUUCCAAAUCCUCUGAGCGAACUCCCUGCUCCCUAUGGGCCCUGGAUGGAGAUUGCCAACAACCUGUCUCGCCUGCUCCAGAGCCACGAGCUCCGGUCCCAAGUCUACAAGAUGCCCCAGCUGAGCUGUGAGCAUCUCAGAGGGCACCGAGAGUUGUACUUGGCCCACCUGGCCCUCAGCUUCAUCACGAUGGGGUUCGUCUGGCAGGAAGGCGAGAAGGAGCCUGUCCAGGUGCUGCCGCGGAACCUGGCUGUUCCCUACUGGGAGAUCUCGCAGAGGCUCGGGCUGCCUCCCAUCCUGGUUCAUGCAGAUUUUGUGCUAGCCAACUGGAGGAAAAAGAAUCUUAAUGGGCCUUUGGAAAUUGAGAAUCUGGACACCAUCUUUUCCCUGCUGGGAGGAGAGACUUUGAGAGGCUUCAUUCUCGUUACGCUCCUUGUGGAGAAGGCAGCAGUGCCUGGGGUCAAGGCAGUUGUUCAGGCAGCUAAUGCCAUCCUGCAGCCUGACACAGAGGCCCUGCACGAGGCCCUGCAAGACCUGGCAAAGGCCAUCGGAGAGAUGACGGCUGCUUUGAAACAGAUGCAUGACUAUGUGGAUCCGGCAAUAUUUUAUGGUGUGAUCCGGAUCUUUCUGUCUGGGUGGAAAGACAACCCGGCCAUGCCCAGAGGGCUGAUCUACGAAGGCGUUUCGGAGGAGCCCAUGUCGUAUUCUGGAGGGAGCGCGGCGCAGAGCUCCGUCCUUCAUGCCUUUGAUGAGUUGUUAGGAAUUCGUCAUAGCCAGGAAAGCACUGCCUUUCUGCACAGGAUGAGGGGCUACAUGCCACCCCGCCACCGGGCCUUCAUCGAAGAAAUCCAGUCUGCCCCUUCGCUGAAGCAGCACGUCCUGUCCUCUGGAAACGAAAAGCUGCGUUCAGCCUACAACCGAUGUGUGUCUGCCCUGACAGACUUGAGAACCUACCACGUUACCAUCGUCACCAAGUACAUCAUCACCGCCGCGGCUAACGCCAAGGCCCGGAAGGGAACACUGAGCCACGGGGCAGGCACCCUUCAGAUGAACCCCCCGUCAUCGUUAGAAGGGAGGGGGACUGGUGGCUCAGGCAUCCUGAGCUUCUUAAAGAGUGUCCGGGGUACGACGAGAGCAGGGCUCAUACAUGAGUAAGGGGAGCUGUUCCGCAGCAGUUUGACAAGGGGGAGAAGAGAGCGCUCGUUUAACACCAAA